AUGAAUACCCGCCAAGAGCUACAGCCUCCUUCAACAGACGUUGUAAACUCCAUUUCCUACUCUCAGCUUCGAGCUCGCUUCGUCACUGGCCUUGACACAGGCCUCCGAGCAUUCCGCACCGACAACUGCUUCACCACGUACAAGCCCGACCUCGGCUUCGAUGGCGGACUCUUGAUUGCAGAAGCCUUAGACGACAGAUGGUACGCGUUUGUCUGCGCCCACAAGGGUCCCGGCGGCGGCCCAAACUUCGUAGUGUUUUGGGAUGCCUUCGUGGGACGCGAGCUCAAUCGAUUCAACCUCCAUGAGCCGGUUAAGGCUGUGAAACUUACUACCAAGUGGAUGGCCGUGGUCCUGAAAGAGAGAACUGUCGUGUUCUUCUACCAACAGCUGCAGCCACCUGAUCCUCCCACGAGUGCGUCAGCCGACUCGCCAGCUGAAGACGAUGCUAAGGUGGAGCCCGAGCCACCACUGUUUGCUCCAAACCAAGUCCACACACUCCUCCGAACAGCGCUCAACCCGUACGGUCUGGCAUGUAUGACCAACGAGCUCAUCGUCUUGCCCGCUCAGGCUGUGGGCCAGGUGCAGUUGGUGCAGCUGAAAAUCGACGGUCCUACCACCAAGCGUGUGCUGCGUGCGCAUAACUCAUCACUUCGAUGCAUGGCACUCUCUCCAGAUGGAACCCACCUUGCCACUGCAAGUGAGCAGGGAACGCUUAUUCGAGUCUACGAUACCAAGACACUCAGUCAGAUCGCCGAGUUCCGCCGUGGUAGUGACCAUGCCAUCAUCUCAAGCUUGGCAUUCAGUCCAAGCAACCGCUGGGUAGCGUCUACCAGCGACAAAGGAACUCUCCACGUGUUCGAUCUCCGCCCCAAGACGCCAACCGAGACUCCAAUGAAGUAUCGACAGCAGGGCAAACCACCGUCAUACGCCAGUCAUCGCCUUUCGGGCGCAGGCUACGACAAGGACUCGGUAUCUGGAACCUCGGCAGGCUACUCUUCUCCUGCCCCGUCUUCUGCUAUCGGCACCAGCGCCGGCGGAGGAUAUCAGGGAAGCGUUCAGGAGUAUUACGGCCUUCGGCCACCACCUACCUCUGCCUCACCUCCUGCCAGAGACGCUGCCGUGUCCGCUAUGGCGGCCCUCAAAGCAAGCCCUUUCGCACCGAGGAUUUUCAAGGACGCCCGCAGUGUAGCUUCUGCGCCAUUUUACAUCGGCAAUGAUCCGUCGCACUGGCAGGGUGGCUCCCCGUCUAGCGUGGUCACCGCGCCUGAUGGCUCGCGGAGACGUGUACAAAAUCAAGUCCUGCCGCUCCCGAACAAUCCAAGUGGCAAGCCUCCAAAAGGCAUCAUCGCGUUCGCGCCGGCCAACGCAAGCAGCAAUGAGGAUGAAGGAGCUAUCAUCUACGUGAUUGGAGGUGGCACUGAUUCACGCUGGGAAAUGUUCCAGUUGGUGUCAGCCACGGCGGAAGGUGCUAACGGGGGUUGGUCUUUGGUGAACAAAGGCUUCCGCAAAUACCUCACCCGCCAGUUUGCGGAUUGA